AUGGAUGCAGUCGCUGAUGUUGCUAGGCCGGGGUGCAUUGUUCCCGGCCAGCAGGCGCAGCCGCGACUCAGCAGAACAAUGUCAUUCCACCCCUCCCCUCUUCGAUUUUCCCCUUCUCGUCUCCAAAAUCCUAGCCCACAAGAUCCUGAAACCCUAGCCCCACAUCGACGCCGUUACAUGGCGUCCCGCGGAGGCUACGACGGCGGCUUCACCGCCGGGGGCAAGAUCCGUAGGCGCCCUGCUUCCCGCGCCGCAGCUGCAUCACCAUACGCACCCCCUGCUGCCGCCACCGCCACCGUCCCGGCGGCGCGCGGCGGUGAAGGGAGCGGCUGGCUCACUCGUCUCGUCACCGGCAGCGCCGCACGUCUUAUCUCCUCGGUGUUUCGCAAGCCGCCUCCGCCUCCGCUUCCGGAGCCGUUCAAUGCGCAGCCUACGCGGCCAGAAUCGCUUGACGCACGGCCCUCGCAACCUGAGUUGCUCGACGCACCUCACUCGCCGCCGCCGCCGCCGCCGCCUUUAGAGGAUGACAUUCCAGAAGGAGAAGAAAAUGGCGGACAGACUGCUAAAAACCUGUAUACUGAUAAUCCUGAAAACUCUAUCAAGGAUAGAGAUGUCAUGCUCAGAAGUUCUGAUUGCCAUCGUGGUAUUGAACUUGAAGAAUUAUUGAAACAGACAACGUCUACAAGGAGUGAGUUUGAAUAUUUGGCUGGGCUGUUGCGAUCCAGAACUGUUGGAUACAAUACAUCGCAGGCAGAAGUUGGUAAUAUAAAGCAAACAGAGUCCGGCAAGAAGGAAAAUGGAUCUAGAGGCUUACCUGUUGAUUUCUCCAUUAGAUCAUACAGUGUUGCUGAUCAAGUUGCUUCACCUGCAGAACUUGCAAAGGCAUAUAUGGGUUCAAGAUGUCCAGAGGGGUCACCCUUGCGCCUUAGAUUGCAUGACCCCUCUUUUCUACCUAAUAAACCAGUAGAAGCGAUCACAGUAGAUAAAUCUCUGAACCCCACACUUCUCCAAAGUUCAAGAUUGUCUGCUUCCACGUCCUUUGAUCAUCUUGGAAGCAACUAUAUGACUCCAAAUAAAUCAGCAAUACACAAAAUGUCAUCGUCUUCUUACUUCAAGGGUCCUGUUCCUUCAAGGGACAUGUCUGGUACCGUAUCUUCAUCUUAUCAGACCUCAAACAGUGUCCAUACAUUUGGCAGGCAGAUCCUGAAGAGGAAGAGUGUUGCUCUCAACAAUGAGACUUGCUCCGUCAUUUCCAUCACCAGCCUCGCCUCCUCGGCUACUACAUCUCGUUUGCUUUGUCAGAGGGGCUAGAUCCCCCUCGUUUUGUCCCAAUGCUGCCACAGCCCCCAGAGCUUGCCGCUGUCAUCCGACACGUAGCGGGCUAUAGGUUUGAUGCCCAGAACAUUAUGCACUGUCGGAACAGCAACAUCUUCACCAGUCUCCAUGAAGAAGGGGGAUUAGCACCUGAAGUUCACCACCUGCUGUGCCCAGAUAGAGGCAUGCCCAUCAUUCCAUCAUUCCCACACUUCCAUGACCGCAGUCUCGAAAAUUUCCGUUCAAUCCUCUCCAAAGAAGAAGGCAGAUCGUCCUACUUGUAUGUGUUUGGGGAAGUUACCAAGGAGGUAGGAAAGACCAUGACACGUGUAUAUAUGUUGCAAGAUGGUGUUUGGGCGCAUGCUUACCUUGGUCACAUGCCAGCUCCCUCCUCUGGUUGGACCCGAAAGGUGUGCUGAGGUGCAGAUAACCCAGGUGAGAGACGAUGGUCAG